AUGGGUGAAGCCAGACUGAGUCCCCUGAGCAGCAUCAGGACAGAAGGCGCGGUCAAGAUUCGGUGCAGGAAACAGUUGUUCUUCCGGGCUGCCUGUGACUGGCAAGAUGGCAUUACCCACGACAACUUUGUUAGAAUCAUCCAAGAUUUGCGGUCACGCUCUGGAGUGCUGAAGUUCUCGAGAGAAUGCUAG